UAAAAUCGAAGAUAAACAGAGAAUUGCGGUCUCUCUUGUUCUUCCGAAUUUGCAUGUUCUCCUUGUUUUGAGAAAGCUCUUGUCUGUGAGAUGGUAAUGUUUUAAGUCCCUGGAUAUGAGGAAGAGCUUUUCUCUGUUUCUCAGAUGAAAAGAUGAACAGUCUUUCUAUUUUUCAUGCAGAGGAAGUAGAAAUUAAACAGCAAUGUUCUACGAGCAUGGUAGUCAUAUAAUUAAGCUGGCCAGGUUCUCCAAACAUGGGAAACAAGCCUGUGAAGCAAGAAAGCGAAGAAAUUUUCUUGAAAGUUGUUCCUCCGUUGGACCGUACAUAUGUUAGGUGGCUUGCCCGAGAUCUUGAGAGGAUUCACGGCUUUACACCAGCUAAACCUCGUGCUGUGAAGCCCCCAGAUCAUUAUAUUGAGUACAUGCAUCUGAAUGGAUGGUUGGAUGUGGACUUGGCUGAUCCUGAUCUAGCCCAUUUAUUCAAGUAGAUAGUGAAGGUGAUGUACUUAAAAGAAAUAUUUGUAUUGGAAUUUGAGUACAUUUCAUGCGUUGUGAGAUACCACAAAUUUAUAUUUGAAUGAAGCAUCUCAAACCUCCGAUUGAUGAAAAUUAGAGUUUGGAGAAAUUAAA